AGAGGAGUAAAAUGAGAUAUAUAUAAAUUAGCGAUAUAUUUUAUUUACAUUUGUCAGGAAGAGCAUUUUCAUAGCCACAUUUUAAUCAGAUGUAUGUGGUGUUAUUUUACUUGUAAUACUUUGUACUACUGCUACAAAAUAUACUUAAUAUUUAAGCGAUUUGCAAACUACGUGAGGCAGAUUACACGUUAUCAACUAGAUUUGAUUAUAUUUUCCAUGUAGAACAACUGUUUUUUUUAAACUAUUAUCUUAAUUAAAACGCAGUAUUCUUUCAAAUAACACUAAGCAGUAAACGUGUCUGUCGUCCUGUUUUUUUUUUUUUUUCUUUUAAAGCUAAAACGAAAUCUGUUUUUUAUUUCUAAAUCUACGCGUUUGUAGGUUCACAUUAUAUCUGUCUCAAAACAGAACUGGUCUACAUUUGGGAUCUGACGUUUGUCACGUUGUGAUUCUGUGUAGAGAGCGAAAACAAACAGACGGUGCGUGGGGUUUAAUUACUGGACUUCCCCUUUAAUGUGUUUAUAUCAGGAAAUAAACUAUUCAUUCGUCGCACGGAUACGACUCGCAGCGGUAAUGAUUUUAGGCGUGGCGAGCUGUCAAAAAGGUCCAGUCAGAAUGUGCAACUCAGCGAUGAGCAAGCAAUGAAUGAGGGGCCGUUCGGUCUACCUACUCUAAAAUUAUUCAGAGCAAACACCACGGCCAGCACAUAAAGAAUACACAACUAGAUGUAAGGUCAUUCAUUGUUGCUUGAAGAUUUUUUUUUUGUGAUACCACUGCAGACCGUGUUACAAAUUUUGAGGCAUUUAACACUAACAAAUAAUGAAGAAUGGGAUUAUUCUGAAUGCAGCGUUAAACAUACCAUUGUUUUGGUCCUUGACGCAGUGCUCUGCUCAGGUCACAUGAUUUCAAUGAAGAACGCUCUUUCACUGUUUAGAAAAAAAGAUGACUCGAACAUGACAUCAACUGAUGGGUUCUUAAAGUGUGGAAAGGCACGGGCUGGGAGGACGCCAAAGGAAAUGCUCCAUCUCCUGACUGCUGUUUUUGUAUGGCUUGUAACCGGCACUACAAUAUCAAGCUUAAACAAAUGGAUAUUCGCAGUGUACAAUUUCAGGUAUCCUCUCUUAUUAUCAUCCCUGCAUAUGCUCACAGCUGUUAUCAUUGAUUAUGGACUGAUCAAGCUGAGAUUCGUGAAGCAGAGGGGCAGCGACUGUGAUCUCAGUGCCAACGCCAAGUUCAAGAUUUUUAUGUUAAGUUUAACUUUCUGUGCCAGUAUCGCCUUUGGGAACAUUGGGCUGAAUUAUGUUCAGCUGUCCUUUGCACAGAUGAUCUACACCACCACCCCACUGUUUACCCUCGCCAUCUCUACACUCGUUCUUGGAAAGCAGCAUCAUAUACUGAAGUACACGGCUAUGAUGCCAAUUUGCCUGGGAGCCUCUUUCAGCAUCAUGGGAGAAGUGCAGUUCCAUCCGAAGGGGUGUUUCUUUGUCUGUGCGGCUACAAUGCUACGAGGUGUCAAAUCCAUUCAACAAAGUAUUCUCCUCCAAGAGGAAAAGAUCAAUUCAGUCUUCCUGCUCUACUUGAUGGCCAUUCCGAGUUUUUGCAUCCUCUUCAUCGCCGCGCUUGCACUGGAGAACUGGACAGUGCUGGAGGCUCCUAUUAAAUAUGACAGCAGACUGUGGGUGUUCAUCCUGCUGAGCUGCCUGGGAUCAGUCCUGUACAACCUCGCCAGCUUCUGUGUCCUCACCCUCACCUCAGCCGUUACUCUGCACAUCCUGGGCAAUUUAAACGUGGUGGGAAACCUGCUUCUCUCGCAGUUCCUGUUUGGCAGCGAACUCUCUGCGCUGAGCUGCACUGGAGUUGUAUUGACGCUUUCAGGAAUCGUCCUGUAUCAGAACACGGACUACAUCGCCGAAUAUUUAGAUUCGAGAAAGACGCCGUCCGAGCCAGAGAAGGACUCCAAGACUGAGUGAGGAGACACCCUGAGCGAUCAGGGGGGGGGAAGUGUAGAGUGUUUACAGUGUUUCGAGGAGUGGUGUGUUUGUAUCACAGACAGCAGCUUUUACAUAACCGUUAUAAAGAAGGCCUGUUCAAACUAACCUGCCGUAAUACUAGUGCCAUAUAUUAAGGUUUCCUUUUUUCCCCAGCUGAAAUUGAAAUGAAUUAACGUAAAACUAAAGGAUAUAAAACUAGAAGCAUCUUUUUUAUUUAAUGAACUCCUAUUUUUUUUUUUUUUUUUAGAGGAGAACAUUCCAUGUUACAAAAUGUGAACCAAACAACUUGAGAGUGCUUAAGAGGCCUUGGAUUGUAUCACUUACCAGAAGUCAGGUUCUAGUUUUGUGAAAUUAACCAACGUUUUUAAAAGAAUAGGACUGAAUCAAAUAAUGGAGGAAAUACUUUGCAAAUACACCACAAAAUUUCUAAUCCUUUCAGAAAAAUAAAAUAAAUAGUUACAGCUAGAAUACUGUAGUAAGGGCUGUUGCAAUGACACGCACAAAAUAUCACCUUGGAUUUUCUUGCCAAGACAUUUGCACACGGGGUACAUUUAAGGCAGCUAGAGUCAUACCAGAUAGUACCCAUUGUGUCAUUAUUAGUUUGAUUCAGUUCUGAGCAGCAGCCAGAAAUAAUUUUGUUCACAAUUUCCAACCCUUGGUAAAUAUGCAUUUUAGCUCCAGUGUUUAAGAAAGGCGGUAUCCAUAUCUGUUUAAGAUAGAUUUAACUUGAAGGUUUUUAACUGCAAGUUGACAUAGCCAUUGAGGUAAUAAGGUGAAGACUACGAAAGCAUUAGCACCUGCUUUGCUACCCAGUAUCUCCUUUAUAAAACACAGUGCUUUAGCUAUCUAGUAUUAAAACAAAUACUGUCACAUAGCAUUGCACCAAUGGAACUGAUGCACAUGUUGAUGUCAUUUACCUGUACAUGAAAAGUGAUUUUGCACAAUAUAAUUUUUUUUUGUUGAAAAGGCUGCCUUUUGAAAUAUACUCACAUAUAACUUGUAUUGUAUAUAACGGUACUGUUGUUGUCAUUAGAUGUAAAUAACUAUUUUAUUUAUAUUUAUGUAUUUUACAAAUAUGAAGGACUGUAUAAAUACUGGUUGAAGAAA